CAGAAGGAUCGCUGGAAGCGCUUGUCAAGGACAGGCCUCGACUGGACUCGCAAGCAGGAGCAAGAGCUUGCAUCUCGUUAGAGAGUCGCGCGUUGGAGGCUGUUUCUUGUGUCGGACUGAGGAUACGAGGUGGAGGACGAGAGGAGAUGUCUGAAGCAGAGCCGGGAAAAGUGAGGAGGAAGAUGGCGGUGGGCGAGGGCAGGAGCAUGAUGCACUGGUUGAAUCUGCGGCCAAACGUGAAGAGGCUGAGGAGAGUUACGAUGUCGGAGGUGAAGAAACACAACACGAGGGAGGAUUGCUGGAGUGUGUACAGGGGAAAAGUGUACGACAUGACACCUUUCUUCGAAUAUCAUCCGGGGGGGCCCAAGUAUAUCCUGAUGGCAGCUGGGAAGGACGGGACGAAGCUCUUCGACAAGUAUCACAAGUGGGUCAACAUCGACUUCAUCAUGGAAAAAUGCUUCGUGGGGAUACUCGUCAACGAAGAUGGCUCUGUUCCUGCUCCUGGAGAAGAGAGCGAGUCGAUCGAGGAGGAGGAGAGCGAGCAAACUCAAGAUGAG